AUGCCUCCCUACCGCUCCAGCAGCUACGACCGUGCUGCCCUCACUGCUUACAAGGAGUGCCUCAGGUGUCCGCUAGUUCCUCCUCUCCCAUGCAUCCCACACCCUUCAUCCCUUUCACAUCCCCGCGCUCCUCAUGACCCUCCCCAACCCACCGCCAGGCAGUGUCCGUUUGCCAUGAAGGCAGUGACAGCAGUGGCGCAGUGUCCGUUUGCCAUGAAGGCAGUGACAGCAGUGGGUCAGCUCAGGCUGUCCGCAAGCCGCACUCCUCUGUGCCGACCACUCACUCCUUUCCACUCCUUCACACACCUCUUCACCCCUUUACACCACCAGGCAGUGUCCAUUCGCAAUGGAGGCAGUGACAGCAGUGGGUCAGCUGGGGCUGUCAGCCAAAGAGACAUGCGCCCUGCUGCCACAGCAGGAGCUGGCUCACAAGUUACCACACUCGCACCACUAGGAGGAGGGUCUCUAGCACCCCACCAAGUACAAGCCGCACUCGUCCCCCCGACCCUCCCCUUCUCUCCGUGCCCUCCCCAUCUUCUCCACCCUCCCCACCCUCCCAUCCUCCCCAUCCUCCCCAUCCUCCCCACCUCGUUCUUCAACAGCCCCUUCCCUGCACGCCCAGCAGCAGAGGAGGCAGGGCAGCAAGGCACCUCGUUCCCACUUCAUGCUAUCGCCAUCCCCCCGCCAACCCCCCCUGCUCUUCCCGUCCUUUCCAUCCUCCGCACCACAUCCCUCCCCCCAGCCCCUCCCCUGCACACCCAGCAGCAGAGGGGGCAGCAAGGCCGGAGCAACAGGAGAAGUGCACGAAAGUAUGUGGAGGCACAGGCACACCGAGCAGCCAAUGAGAACGCAGCCUGUGUGGACGAGUAUCAGCAGCUGUUGACUCGCUUCCCCAGCAACGUGCAUCUGCACCUGUACAUGGGGCAGGUGGAGGCGUCGCAGGGUCGCAAUGAGGAGGCCAUGCUACACUACCAAAAGACCCCUUUCAACGUGGCCUGUAUGGACGACUAUGCUUUCCCUCUCCCGCUGCUCCCUGCUGCUGCUGCCGCUCAUCUCAUCCCACCUUCUCAUCAUUCCUACCCCCUUCCCCCCACAGGCCCGCACCCUAUACCCAUCCAAUGUCGCCUGCAUGGACGACUAUGCCCUUCUGACGCUGGUGCUGCUGGCGGUGGCCCGCACCCUAAACCCUUUCAAAGCGGCCUGCAUGGACGACUAUGCUCUGCUGCUGCUGUCACUUGUCUCCUUCUCCUUGUUGUCACUCAUCUCUCAUCCCACCUUCCAUCCCUACUCCCCUCCAACCCCCAGGCCCGCGCUCUAGACCCUUUCAACGUGGCCUGCAUGGACGACUACGCUCUGCUCCUCCUCUCCCGCCGCUCCCCCUCCGCCUCCUCCGCCCUUUCCCUCCCCAACCUGCAAGUCGACGCCAGCGUGGGGGGAGGGGGAGCAGCGGGGGGGGCGGGGGGAGCGGGGGGGGCGGAGCUGAGGAGGCUGACAGCGGAGAUGGUGGGAGUGGGGGCGGGGAGAGUGGAGGCAUGGGUGGUGGCUGCCGCGCUUUGGAUGAGCCGGGGGGAAAGAGGCAGUGCACUGGCAUAUGUGGAUAAGGCGCUUCAACUGGACGACCAUCACUUCCCAGCUCUCCUCGCUAAGGGCGCCAUUCUGCUGCAAACCGAGCGGGCGGAAUCAGCAGCAGUGGCGUCUGCAGCAGCUGCCAUCUUCCGGAGGGCCUACACACAGAAGCAGGACCUCCGGGUGUUCCAAGGUCUGGUCCGAGCCUACCUGCGCAUUCCAAAGCUGAAGGAGGCCAUAGCAGCGGCUCGGGAGGCAGUCAAGGCGUUUCCUAACUCUGCCAGCGCGUUGUCUCUUCUGGGGGAGGUGUAUCUGCAGCACGGCGACAGCAGGGACAAGGCGCGCAAGGUGUUUGAGGCGGCACUGAGGAUGGACGGGCGCUGUGGUGCUGCUGUCACGGGCCUGGCAGACGCUCACAGCAUGGACGGCCGCCAUGCUGCUGCCGUGGACGUGCUGGAGCGCCACCUGGCAGUGGACGCUGCUGACUGGAUCCACGUGAAGCUGGGGUUUGUCCACAUGGCAGCCAACCGGCUGCCCGACGCUCUGCACCAUCUGCAGACGGCCCUCAGCAUCAACCCGACCAAUGAAAACGCCAAGAGAGGGCUCAAUCGCAUCGACAGACUUCUAAAGGGAGGCGAUGGGGACGACGAGGAGGAAGAGACCUCCACGCAGUAUGGCACUGGCAGUCCUCUCUUUGAAUGA